UGUUCUACGGGAGAAAGAGGGAAGUGGUGACAGACGGACAGACGGAGCUCGGACUCUCCCCAAACUCUUCCUCGGACAUAUUUACCGGACACAUAAACCUCUUCUAAUGACUCAAACCCCCGCCGCGCUUCUCCAGAGGCGUCUGACCGGAUGGACUCUCCGGUAGAGGAGGAGCCGCCUCCCAACGGGGGCCAGAAAAACAGCCGUCUGAAGAGCAAGAAGCCGCCCAGCCUGGUGAUAGCCAUCCCCCCCCCGGAGGACAUGGCUGCCAGACAGCCCCUGAGACCGUCUCUGAAGAAGAGCGUGAGCCGUCCGGCCACCGGCUCCACGUCGGAGAGCGUGGGCGGAACCGGAGAUGGAGGUUUCUCCAGCAGAGACCGGAGGGCCAAGUUCGGUCGCCAGACGUCGCUCUCGCAGAGUAUCCGGAAGAACACGGCCCAGUGGUUCGGCGUCGGUGAGGACUGUGAGACGAAGCAGCAGGUCUGGCAGAGGAAGAGUCUUCGUCACUGCAGCCAGCGCUACGGGAAGCUGAAGCCGCAGUUCCGGGAGCCCGACGCCGCCGUGGCGGCGGCUAACGCCGACCAGGGACUGGACUCGCCCGGCGCCCACAGGAUGCCCAAGAUCGUGGACCCGCUGGCCCGCGGCCGGGCCUUCCGCUGCCCCGACGAGCAGGACGGGCGUUCCCCCCGGACGCCCCACUCGGCGGUCCCGCUGACCCCGGGCAUCACGUCCCUCAGCUCCUUCACCAGCCAGCCGGGCUACGGACGCUUCCCCCGACGCAAGAGGGAGUCGGUGGCCCGGAUGAGCAUCAGGGCGGCGUCCAGGCUGCUGCGGGGCCGCGGCGGCGUGGCGGGCUCCCAGACCAGCCGGGGUUUCCCCAGGAGGAGCUUCGUCAGGCCCAGCUGGAUGGAGGAGGACACGGUGGACUCUGGAGACGCCUCGGUGUCUCUGUUCUUCAGCAAGGGCGACGCCCACGAGGAGCUGUACUCGAUGGCCGACGACGUGUUUGAAUCUCCGCCGCUGUCGGCCGCCUUCGCCCCCAGCGAGCCGCUGGACCAGAGGCUCUUCAGGGACGUGUCCCGGACCCCCAGGACCCCCGUCGUGGCGGCGGUGGAGAAGGGCCGGCCUCUCCGCGGCCGCCGCAUCGCCUCCCAGGUGAAGCACUUCGCCUUCGACAAACACAAGCGUCAGUACGGGAUGGGAGUGGUGGGAAAGUGGCUGAACCGACACUACCGCAACAGCAUCAGCAGCAACGUGCAGAAGCAGCUGGACGACUUCCACAGCCACAGGCCCUACUUCACGUACUGGAUCACGUUUGUCCACGUGGUGAUCACGCUGCUGGCCUGCUGCACGUACGGCUUCGCCCCCGUGGGGUUUUCACAGCACUCUGAAUCUCAGCUGGUGCUGAAGAACAAAGGAAUCUAUGAAAGCGUCAAGUUCAUCCAACAGGAAAACUUCUGGAUUGGACCGAGCUCCGAGGACCUGAUCCACCUGGGGGCAAAGUUCUCUCCCUGCAUCCGCCGGGACGAGCAGAUCGUCAGCCUCAUCCGGAGAGCCAAAGACAAGGAGAAGCAGUCGGGCUGCUGCGUCCAGAACGACAACUCUGGAUGUGUGCAGACGCUCAGGACCGACUGCUCGGACACUCUGGCCACCUUUAUAAAGUGGGACAAGGAGCCGGUGGUCAUCGAGAGGUCGUCUGGUUCCGUCUGUCAUCAGGACCCCAGAGUGUGUGAGGAGCCGGCGUCCACGGCGCUGCACCGGUGGCCGGACGACAUCACCAGGUGGCCGAUCUGCACGUUGCCCAGGAAGUGGAACCACACGGGAUACCGACACAUGGACUGCAACAUCAAGGGACGGCCCUGCUGCAUCGGAACCAAGGGCAGGUGUGAGAUCACCACCAGGGAGUACUGCACCUUCAUGCACGGAUACUUCCACGAGGAGGCCACGCUCUGCUCUCAGGUCCACUGUCUAGAUGAAGUGUGUGGUCUCCUGCCGUUCCUCAACCCUGAUGUUCCUGAUCAGGUUUACCGACUGUGGCUGUCGCUCUUCCUCCACGCCGGGCUCCUGCACUGCGUGGUGUCGGUGGUUUUCCAGAUGACGGUUCUCAGGGAUCUGGAGAAACUCGCCGGCUGGCACCGAAUCUCCAUCAUCUACGUGUUCAGCGGCAUCACCGGGAACCUGGCGUCGGCGCUGUUCCUGCCCUACCGGGCCGAGGUGGGCCCGGCCGGGUCCCAGUUCGGGCUGCUGGCCUGCCUGUUCGUGGAACUGUUCCAGGGCUGGCAGAUGCUGCAGACGCCGUGGAAAGCGUUCCUGAAGCUGCUGGCCAUCGUGCUCUUCCUGUUCCUGUGCGGUUUGCUGCCGUGGAUCGACAACAUCGCCCACAUCUUCGGCUUCCUGAGUGGCCUGCUGCUGUCCUUCGCCUUCCUGCCCUACGUCACCUUCGGCACCUUCGACAAGUACCGUAAACGUGUGCUGAUCUUCCUGUCGCUGCUGGUGUGGGCGGGGCUGCUGGCGUCGCUGGUCGUCUGGUUCUACAUCUACCCCAUCAACUGGCACUGGCUGGAGCACCUCACCUGCCUGCCCUUCACCAGCAAGUUCUGUGAGAAGUACGACAUCGACCACAACAUCCACGACGUGGUGCACUAGCCGGGGUCGGCUACGCCUCGCCGAAGCCUCGGAACCGACUCCUAAUGGACUCGGAACGGACUAGGAACCACUAUGACAAUCAGGGAUUUUAUUUGUCCCGAGAACCAAACUGGAUCCUGCUGGUUUAGUCGCCGUCAUGACGCUUCUUUCUAGGCCCGAGUCGGGACCUUCGUCAGCCGAGCAGCUGGAAGCUCCUCCCCCAAAAGGAGGCGGUCCUCCCUGACUCCUCCCCCAAAAGAGGUGGGUCCCUGACUCCUCCCCCAAAAGGAGGCGGUCCUCCCUGACUCCUCCCUCUCCCUGACUCCUCUCCCUCCUCCCAGGCUCCUCCCCCGGCCGUCAGGCGCCCAGCGCUGGUUUCCAGCAGGAAGUAACACUACUCCACUACUCCGCUACUCUGCGUUUCUAAACACUUGUUUCUGUGAAUCUGCUGCACUUAUGGGUUGUUUUAGUUCGGACCUUCAGGUUCCCGGUACCACAGCUGCCUUAACCGGACCGGUACCUCAGCUUUAUGAAACCACGAAGAUGCCUCGGCGUCUCCUGCCUCCCUAAAGGAGGCGGUCCUCCUUGACUCCUCCCCCUAAAGGAGGCGGUCCUCCUGAGGAGUCUCCGGCCUCCGCACUUAUUCAGGAGAAACAAGAUCGUAACUAACGAUCUCAACGGGAUUAACACGUUAUUGGUGCAACUACGAGUCGUCCGUGACACGGUAACCACGGUAACCACGGCGAUGUUGGUCAUGUGAUCGGUGAACGGGACGAGUUCAGAACCCCCGACGACGGAGACGGUGACGUUUGAACCUCGGCAGCAAAGGAUUCUGGGGGUUUAGUUUGGUCGUGAAGUCGCAUCUCUGAGAAGAAACGUUGUUUAAAAAAAACUAAUAUGAUGUUUUAUUCAGUUUAAACACUGUAGAGCAGCAGGAUGCUCUCUCUCUCUCUCUCUCUCUCUCUCUCUCUCUCUCUCUCUCUCUCUCUCUCUCUGUCUCUCUCUCGUCCAGAAUCAGGUCCGGUUGGCGCCGGUUCUGUUGGGACCAAAUAAUUCAGCCUUGACUUUUCUUUUUCUAACAUAAGGGAACGUUUCUGAUAUAAACUAACUCUCUCUCUCUCUCUCCAUCUCUCUGUCUGUUUCUGUUUUUAUAAGUGAAUGUGUCGAAUAAAAGCCGUUCUGGAAACACUGAAA